AUGCCUGACGCUCAACCUAUCUUGAGUUCAGAGGUUGAUGAUACUUAUGUUUGGGUCACUAAUGGUCAGAAUGGUUCAGAGACAUUCUCCACUAGUGAGACUUGGAGGACUCCAUUUCCUAGUACGGUGGAGGUAUUUUGGCAUGAAGUGGUUUGGUUCUCAGGCCGUAUUCCGAAACAUGCAUUCCUAUCGUGGGUGGCAGCAAGAGAUAGGAUGGUUACAAGAGAUAAGCUCAUCAGUUGGGGACUAGCAGUGCCGGCGACUUGUGUGCUGUGUGUUGGUCACAAUGAAAAUAGACAACACUUGUUUUUUGACUGUGACUUCAGUAAACAGGUGUGGUCUUUCUUCACUUCUAGACUGCAGUUGGUACCUCCAAUCCUUUUCGAAGAUGGAUUAAGAUGGUUGAAGAAUCCAGCGAGGGAAAAGAAUGUUAAGUUGAUUGUAAGGUUGCUUCACCAAGCUUGCCUUUAUCUCAUUUGGAAGGAGAGAAACUCAAGAGUACACACUGCUGUUGCUCGUCCACCUGAGGCCAUUAUUGCUGAAAUUAAGCAAAUCAUUAGGCUUAGGCUGGAUCCGCUAGCUCGGGCCCAAACGCUAGCUCACGGAGAAGAUUCGGUCCUCGCUGUGUGGUUUUCUAUUUUCUAG